AUGACGCACCUAGGGAGCGAUGGGGCCCUGCUCGGCCUGCGGCGCUUACGGCUGGCGGCCCCAAAGGGCCUGGACGAGUGCCGCUCCCCGAUUGGCUCCUCCUACUCGUUUUCUUGCUCCGAUUCAAGCUCCGCCCCCAGCCCGGCCGACGCGCGCGCCCGGCGCGCCACCGGGCUCAGCGGCUCGUUCGCCACCGCCUUCAGCCGCGGCGCCGUCCCCUCCUGCGCCGCGGAGCUGAGUCCCGUCUCCCAGCUGUUCCUGGGGAUGGGGGACGCGGCCCCGGACAUAUACGCCGUGCUGCGCCUAAGGGGCCACGCCGGCCUGGAGGAGAUUGCAGUGGCCAUGGGGCGACUGGCAGCCUCGCAUGAGCGUUUCCGCGUGCGCGCGGUCUGCUGCGGCGGGACCUGGAGCAUCGAGCUCCUGGAGGACUUUGACGCGCGGCAGUGCAUGAGGGAGGUGGAGCUGGAGGGGGCCGACAUUGAUGCCGCAUUCAACAGCUUCGUCUCGAGGCUGAUGUCUGGUCCUGUGCUGACAGAGGGCCACCUGCCGCCCUGGGACUGCAGCGUGGUGCACUACACUUCUAACACCAAGGCAAGUUAG